AAUAAAAACUCCCACUACUUGUUUGUCUCGUUUGAGAAGACAACUGGCGUAAACCAAUGUUGUUGGGGGCAAUGAAUAAUUUCUUGAGACAUCACGGCCAACCACUGUAUUUCAAACAUGGCGGCUCUGAAAAGAAAUCUCUGAAAACAGAGUGAGAGAGAGAGAGAGAGAGAGCAUUACUCUUUAUCCACAUAAUCCAUACCUCCCCCCUCAAACUACACUUCACUCACUCAGAGAGAGAGAGAGAGAGAGAGAGAGCAUGGAGGCAGAGAAACAGAGCAUUGAGCAAUUCAAAAAUCAAACCAGGCUUCCCAAAUUCGCAAUCCCAAAUCGUUACGAUCUCACUCUAAAUCCCGAUCUCUUUGCUUGUACUUUUUCCGGUACUGUCCAAAUCAACCUCUCGAUCCUCCAAAUCACCAAAUUCAUCGUCUUGAAUGCGCUCGAACUCGUCAUCGACCAAGCCUCCUUCACUAACCCCCAGAACCAGAAAUGUGUGCCGUCGGAUGUGGUGCUGGACGGUGAUGAUGAGAUACUGAUUUUGGUCUUCGAUGAGGGUCUUGUUGUAGGAGAUGGAGUUCUGGAGAUUAGCUUUUCUGGUGUGCUUAAUGUACACAUGAGGGGUUUCUACAGUGGUACAUAUAUGGAUGGUGGAGUGAAGAAGAAUAUGGCGUCGACUCAAUUUGAAGCAGUGGAGGCACGACGGUGUUUUCCUUGCUGGGAUGAACCUGCUCUCAAGGCCACCUUCAAGAUAACACUGAACGUGCCAUCCGAGUUGACUGCAUUGUCUAAUAUGCCAGUUGUCCACGAAAAGCUUAACGGGCAUCUAAAAACAGUACAUUUUGAAGAAUCACCAAUUAUGUCAACUUAUCUGGUGGCUGUUGUGAUUGGUUUAUUUGAUCAUAUAGAAGAAACAACGGCUGAUGGGAUUAUGGUUCGUGCGUACUGCCCUGUUGGUAAGAGUGAUCAAGGAAGAUUUGCUCUAGAUGUUGCAGUGAAGGCACUUGAUAUAUAUAAGAAGUACUUCUCCAUGCCUUACACUCUUCCUAAGCUGGAUAUGGUUGCUGUCCCUGAUUUUCAGUAUGGGGCCAUGGAGAAUUAUGGCUUGAUCACCUAUCGUGAAUCUGAGCUGCUCUAUGAUAAUUUGUAUUCUACAGCUGUUAACAAACAGAGGCUUGCAAUUGUGGUGACACAUGAAGUUGCACAUCAAUGGUUUGGCAAUCUGGUAACAAUGGAAUGGUGGACUCAUUUAUGGCUUAAUGAAGGUUUUGCAACAUGGGUGAGCUAUUUAGUCACUGACACCUUAUUUCCUGAGUGGGAAAUCUGGACUAAAUUUCUUGAAGACACUGCUGGGGGUUUACAUUUGGAUGCAUUGGAAACCUCACACCCAAUAGAGGUGGAGAUACAUCAUGCUCGUUCAAUUGAUGAAGUUGCUGAUGAUAUAACCUAUACAAAGGGAUGUGCUGUUAUUCGAAUGUUAAUGGACUAUCUUGGUGAUGACGUUUUCCAGAAAUCUUUAAGUUCAUACAUGAAGAAGUACGCUUGCAAAAGCACAAAGACAGAAGACUUGUGGAGUGUUCUUUCGGAAGAAUCUGGCAUCCAAGUGAACACAAUGAUGGACACAUGGACGAAGAAAAAGGGCUAUCCAGUUAUCUCUGUUAAACUUGAAGAUUUUAACUUAGAAUUUGAACAGUCACAGUUUUUGUUUUCUGGUUUGCACUCUGAUGAUUGCUGGGUUGUCCCAAUAACUUUGUCGGUUGGUUCAUGCAACGUGAAAAAGAAUUUUCUUUUAGAGACAAAAUUUGGCAAGUUGGAUAUAUCCGGACUGUUUUAUUCUUCUGAUGGCAAUUCAAGCUCUUUUGAGGAGAAGAAUCAAGAGAAAUUUAAUGAAAAUUAUUGGGUCAAAUUAAAUAUUGGGCAGACUGGAUUUUAUAGGGUGAAAUAUGAUGAAAAAGUCACUGCACAACUAAGGAAAGCUAUCGAGGACAAUUGCUUGUCUGCAGCAGAUAAAUUUGGCAUUUUGGAUGACAUGUAUGCUCUUUGUGAGGCGUGUGAAGUGCCACUGUCAUCUUUGCUUUCCUUGAUGAACGUAUACAGAAAGGAGCUUGAUUAUAUCGUGUUAUCACGAAUCAUUAAUAUAAGUUCUAAUGUUGCGAAGAUCGCAAGUGAUGCCGUACCGAAUUUAGCAAAUCGUAUGAAACAAUUUUUCAUUGAUCUCCUCCUUUUCUCCGCUGAAAAAUUAGGUUGGGAACCUAUCCAAGGAGAGAACCAUUUGAAUUCGAUGUUGAGAGAAGAAGUUUUGCUGGCCUUGGUUAAGUUUGGCCAUGACAGUACCAUUGUUGAAGCAACGAAGCGCUUUGAAGCAUACUUGGGUGAUCGAAACACUACGCUUCUUCCGGUUUACUGUAGAAAGGCUGCUUACGUUGCUGUAAUGAGGAAUGCCAAUACCAGCAAUAGGAGCGGGCUUGAAUCCCUAAUAAAUGUAUACAAGGAAGCAGAGGCGAUGCAAGAAAAGGCCCGGGUUCUGCGUUGUAUCGCAUCUUGUCCAGACCCCGAUAUAGUUUUGGAGAUUUUGAAUUUCAUGUUAUCUGAUGAGGUUCGAGGUCAAGAUAGAUUGUAUAUAUUACCCGGAUUAAGCUUAGAAGGGCGCAAGACAGCAUGGAAAUGGUUAAAAGAGAACUGGGAUUUAAUCCUUGAAAAAUGCGCUGGGCCAAUACUUCACUCUUUUGUUAGAGGCAUCGUCACACCAUUUUCCAGCCAUGAAAAGGCAGAUGAAGUGGAAGCGUUUUUUGCUAGCCGUGAUAUUACUGCAUUUGCUAGGAUUUUGAAGCAAAGCAUUGAGCAAAUCAGAAUCAAAGCGAGGUGGGUUGAAAACAUAAAACAAGAAGAAUCUCUAGAGGAGCUUGUGAGAGAACUAGCUCGCGUUAGAUGAUCGCUUCACCCAUGAAUUAAGUCAAUGAUAUUCACAUCGAGCACGUUUAAUUAGUGAUUAUGUGAGGGUUCUUGUAAUGAAAUCAACCCUGAGAAUAAAAUUUAAAUCCCGCGUCAUGGAAGGUUCCGCUUGUAUAAUGGCUGGCCUACUCUGCUUUAGGAGAGGCAUAGUCAAUAGUGUUUGACACUUGAGCUCUUUGGCUAUAACUAUUAUGUACUAUAUUGCUUUUGUUGUAUCAUAUACUAGGUUUUCUACAUUGCUGUAA